AUGAAUAAUAGCUUGGAUGAAUUCAGGAAGGAAGAAUGUGGUCAAACGAAAGGGAUACUGAAAGGGAGAACUAAAGUUGCAUGCGAGUUCUGUAGAAGAAGAAAAAUUAAGUGUAACGGAGUCAAACCAUGCUCAAAUUGUGUAAAUGGUGGCAGAGAGAAUUGCACGUAUCCUAAGCGAGUAGAAGAAAAGAAGACAUCAACAAAAAAUAUUUCCAAUGCAAAAACAGUGCAGCUGUUGUACAAACGGGUGGCUAGUAUAGAGUCGUUGUUGGCGAAGAUCGCCAGCAAAUUUGAAGAGACGAGAAAUGAAGGCGUGGGAAACAGUGAGGGAAAAGAGGAGGAGAUGAAUAAGGGAUUUGGAGUAUCAAAUGGACGUAGGCUGGAAGAAAAUGGGUCUUUUUCGUCGGAGACGAGUUCUGUGAAUGAGACAGGACGGAGUUCGUGUACGGAAGCUGCGAAAUCGACCUUAACCCAGUGUUUUAAAUCGUACUCGAUAUUUUGCAUUUUUUCCAAGGCCAGCAUCUCGUGGAUGGAACAGGCAUUAGGAAACAAGGAUGAAGAGUUGGUUACGCUCAUUAGAAACAUGCCAAUGGUGUUUGGCGAUGUGUUAAAUUCUCUGACGGAAAUGUGGCUUAAUGCCAACCAGGGCCACCAAAUGAGUCACACUCCCAUUCCAGAUAGCCCAGUGGUCUUCCAGCUCUUGGAAGCAUACUAUGAAAAUAUCCAUUUCGCCACAUAUAUAUGCGAUUUAUCGUAUAUUCGGGAGAUAUUCGUGAGAUAUUAUAACCAAAGUUUUGAAAGUAGCGAUAAACUUAAAUUUUCCGAACUAUUGAUCAUGAAUGUUUCGCUAGCAUUAUGCCUUAUUGAUGUUCAAAAUCACAAGGACGUAGACCCGGAAGGUUUGGAAGCAGAUUCGUUUUCUGAAGGACAUUUGUAUGACCUUAAGACCAUGUUUUUCAAUAAUGCCGUAUUCUUCUACGACAAAAUCCUGGUGAUAAAUGAAGGAAUAGAAUCAGUCCAAGCAAUAUUCUUGUUGGUGCUUUAUAUGGAGCUUAGUCACAUUUCUGAUUUCCGAAUUAUUUAUAUGCUAUCAUCGGUGGCCAUAAGAUACGCACAGGAGAUGGGAUUACAUCGAUGUGAAAGCUUCCAAGAUUGCCCUGAAAAAGAAGUAGCGUUGCGCAGACGGCUUUGGAACUUUUGUCAUUAUUCAGACAUAGAAUUCAGCUACAGGUGUGGCAAGCCACCGUUGAUUAACAAUUACAGUGUCUCCACCUUAACGGAGAAUGAUUCGUAUAUUUUUUCCGUGCCAAUGGACCCGUUUAUGAAUACCAUAAGCAAUGAGUGCAUGGUUAGUGAAUGCCAGCUGAAAGGCCUUCAAGCUUACUAUGGUUAUUUUUUUCUAAUAUUAAAUCGAAUUAGGGUAAGAAGUUAUGAGUCAUUGUUCAGUGUUAAGGCCCAAAAAGAUAUCCUAUGCAGCAAGGAAAAAGUCUUCCAGACAUUGCAAUCCAUUAAUGAUGACAUGUUUAGAAUGGCUCUGAUGAUGGAACCUGAAGUGCGACCAACAUUACAUUAUGAUCGAAGGAGCGACUCACGCAAAAAUGCAAAGUUUCAAUCUUUAUACGACGGUGAAUGUAAUAUUUACAAGGAGCAUACAUUAUAUCUUCAGCUUUCAUUCUUUUCACAUUUAGUUACAAUUAAUCGGAUCCCAUUCUUGAUUGAUUCUUAUGAAAAUGAUUCUGUCGGAUUUUCUCUUGGGAAUUUAGGGUUGGAUGCUGCAAGAACAGUAUUGAAAAUAAUUCUACCGCUAGAUAAAACUUCUUCAUCACCUUCCUUUUUUAAUGGUUUAUUACUUCAUCCAUUUUUAUCAUUUUCAUCUUUGGUUAUCCAUUGUCUUAGUUUCCCUGCUGAUUCUAAAACUCAUAAUGAUUGCCUUUUAUUAAUAAAGGCAUCUAGAAAAUUCUUUUCUCACAAAUCAAAUUCUCUGGCCAAAGAAUGGGCAAACAGAAGAAAACAUGAUCUGAAAGCUACUGCGGCAGACUUCAUAAUCAGAAUUCUUUUGCGACUAGUGGUUAAUGUUGUCAGUUUCGAAAGUGGUCGCAAUUAUUUUGCUGAAGAUGAUGGGCUAGCUGAACAUUUUGAACAGUGUAAAUUAAUUUACCCAGAACUUUUUAAUGAAAACGCAGAUCACAUAUUAGAUGAGAACAACCAAAUACUUAAGCUUACACAAUUUUUUGAUCCUUUAGUUUAUUCGUUUAACGAUAGUUGUGCGAAGCAAAAUAACGAUUUUGUAAAAUCACACUCAUCUAAGCUGAAUUGCCCUAAGACUCUGAAUUAUAGAAGAUCGUCGUUGGAUAAUAUUUUGAAUCAUAGCGAAUCAUGUUGUGGCCGGCCAUAA